UGUGUUGCCACGGAGACGGGGCAGGGAGACUAGAACGCACGCGCAGGCUUGGUACUCUAGUCACAUGGUGGAGUUGAAGAUGGCGGCGGCUCAGGCUGUGGAGGAAAUGCGGAGCCGCGUGGUUCUAGGGGAGUUCGGGGUUCGCAAUGUUCAUACUACCGAUUUUCCCGGUAACUAUUCGGGCUAUGAUGAUGCCUGGGACCAGGACCGCUUCGAGAAGAAUUUCCGUGUGGAUGUGGUACACAUGGAUGAAAACUCUCUGGAGUUCGACAUGGUGGGAAUUGACGCAGCCAUUGCCAAUGCUUUUCGCCGCAUCCUCUUAGCUGAGGUGCCAACCAUGGCUGUGGAGAAGGUCCUGGUGUACAACAACACGUCCAUUGUCCAGGAUGAGAUCCUCGCUCACCGCUUGGGACUCAUCCCCAUUCAUGCUGAUCCCCGUCUUUUUGAGUAUCGGAACCUGGGGGAUGAAGAAGGCACAGAAAUAGAUACCCUGCAGUUUCGGCUGCAGGUCAGGUGCACUCGGAACCCCAGUGCUGCAAAAGAUUCCUCUGACCCCAAUGAGCUCUAUGUCAACCACAAAGUGUACACCAGGCACAUGACUUGGGUGCCCCUGGGGAACCAGGCUGAUCUCUUCCCGGAGGGCACCAUCCGCCCCGUGCACGACGACAUCCUCAUUGCUCAGCUGCGGCCUGGCCAGGAGAUUGACCUGCUCAUGCAGUGUGUCAAGGGCAUUGGCAAAGAUCAUGCCAAGUUUUCACCUGUGGCAACAGCCAGCUACAGGCUUCUGCCAGACAUUACCCUGCUUGAGCCUGUGGAAGGGGACGCAGCCGAGGAGCUGAGCCGGUGCUUCUCACCUGGUGUCAUCGAGGUGCAGGAAAUCCAAGGUAAAAAGGUGGCCAGAGUUGCCAAUCCCCGGCUGGAUACCUUCAGCAGGGAAGUCUUCCGGAAUGACAUGCUGAAGAAGGUCGUGCGGCUCGCUCGCGUUCGGGACCAUUAUAUCUUCUCUGUUGAGUCAACAGGGGUGUUGCCGCCAGAUGUGCUGGUGAGCGAAGCCAUCAAGGUACUGAUGGGGAAGUGCCGGCGGUUCCUGGAUGAAUUGGACGCAGUUCAGAUGGAUUGAGGCUUGCACUGGACACGGCGUGGCUGGGAGCAGAUGCUCCGAGGCAAGUUGAAGACUAGCAUUUGACAUGCCCCUGCGGACUGCUGUAGGGAGCCCAGUGAGACUACGGGUCUUGAGUUUCCUGGGGACAAUCCCAGCUUUAUUUUCAGUCAAUACAUUUUGUUAAAUGUGCCACAAAAUGUGACUUUUAUGCCUUUGUGAGGCUUUAAUGUAAAUAAACUUAUAUCCAAAGAAACCUUCUGUUGGAGAGCACUUUAGUUUUCUUCCAAAAAGAUGGGGCCUCAUCUCACUGCAGAUUUGGCACAUUUAGCAUUUAGGAACACUGGGUUCAGAUGUUCCUGCAAGUCAGGGCCAAGGCCCUCUAAAGCCCCUUGGGAAAUGCCAAAUUGAGGUGGUUUUGGGGCACACAGCUAGACCACAGAAAAAUAUCACUUAACCUAUUUCCUGGAUACUGCAAAACAGCAAUUCCCUUUGGACAGUGCCCCCACCCCCACCCCCGGGUUAGGCCCAGUGGCGACCAAGGACAACAGAGAGAACCUGAGGGCUGCCGAUCUGCGGGUCAGCAAUAGACAGCAUUUCUAGCUGGUGUGCUACUUAAGAGGGCUUGAUGGAGCAGGUAACGUCAGUCACAGUUCUUCCUAUCCAGUGCCUUUAGCAGGAUGCUUAUGAGGAUUUGUGACCCUGGAGUAUGUCACUGGUUUGAAAAAGGCAGAUGGGGCCCCUUCUGUAUGAAAUUUGAGAUUUUUACUGACAUGCAGAUGUGCUUUCGAGUUACCGUUUCUACAAAAAGUUUCUAUAAACAAUAGAAAACUUCUAGCAUGAAAUCACAGGAUGUUAAAAAUAUUACAACACAAUAAAUACAACUAUACCCUCCACAGCCCCACCGCAGAGGAGAGUAGGCAGCUAACAAGUGUGGAGGAAAACAUGCUGAGAUGCCCUCAGUUGGUAAGAAGCCCAAUGCACCACCCAAAAGAGGGCGCGGAGCAAGUCUGUGCCAGGGAAGAGCUACAAGGAACUCUAGGCCAUUUCCCCAGCUUCGCUUCUUCCUGAUUCUACCCUGCCUGGGGCCACACCAGCUAAAAACUAGCUUCGGCUCACACUGCUCCAUCGGUCCUCGCAGAAACCCUGGUUGGUGGAUUGGCUCGGUGCCCAGCCUGUGCAGAGCACCUGGACACAUGCUAUGGUUUCAGUAUGGAGCAAGCCUGUCUAUGGCUGGCAGUGACCUCAAGACUGGGGUCCCAUAUCCAUGUCCCCUCUACUUACGGGGCCAUCCAGUGACAUCUAGAACAGACUGGAGACUCACAAUACAGGUUGUGAUGGGAAGGCAUUUUUUUUUUUUUUUUUUUU